AUGGGCGCCGUACUGCUCCUGUGGGGCUUAUUGGCUCUCCUCACGCCAGCGGCUUGCGGUCAGUGUUAUUCCCCACCAAUGUUAAAUACUGCGAUACUAAAAAAUAAUUCCAAGUCUGUGUUUGACAUCGGAGAUACUUUGAUUUAUGAAUGCUUCCCUGGAUAUGUGAAAAGAAAGUUUAGCACCAUCUGCCUUGAAAACUCAACAUGGUCAAGUGUAAAUGACAACAUGUGCAAACGGAAAACAUGUCCAACUCCUACAGAUCUCCUCCACGGACGGGUGCAAAUAACAGGUCCAAACCAGUUUGGUUCAACAAUUACAUAUUCUUGCGAUGAGGGGUAUCAACUUAUUGGCCUCUCAUCCAACCAAUGCAUCCUGUCAGGAAAUACCGUCAUUUGGGAGAAUGAACCACCUCUGUGUGAAACUAUUCGUUGUGAUCUACCUCCAACCAUUCCCAAUGGAAGAUAUCGAAGCACUAAUGAAUAUUUUUACUAUGGCAUGGUGGUAUCCUAUGAAUGUAACACUGGGUCACGGGGGGAAAAGCUAUAUGACCUGGUGGGUAACAAAACAUUACACUGUACUAGCAAAGACAAUAAAGUUGGCAUCUGGAACAGUCCUCCACCUCGAUGUAUUACUCUAGCCAAGUGCAAGACCCCAGUAAUUGCCAAUGGAAGAAGUAUGUCACUCUUUAGACCUUUCUAUUUAUUAAAUGAUGCUGUGGAAUUGGAAUGUGACCCUGGUUUUACCAUGAAGGGCAGCAGAGUAGUGCAAUGCCAGAUUAACAGCCAAUGGGAUCCUGCAUUGCCGGUGUGCUUCAGGGGGUGUCUUCCACCUAUGGAGAUUUCCCACGGUAAACGGAGCAAAAUCAAGGACUAUUUUUCCUUUGGAGAUACUGUGUACUAUGACUGUGAACCUGGCUACUUUCUCAAAGGAUCAGCUUCCAUUAAGUGUAUAGAGCCUGGGAAAUGGAACUAUGAAACUCCAAAGUGUGAAGUGAAAUCCUGUGGGAAAUUCCUGGAUCAGCUUCUUAAUGGAGAAGUUAAAUCUCCCAGUCCUCCCCAGCUUGGGACAAAGGUUGUCUUUGUUUGUAAAGAGGGGUUUUGGCUUAAUGGCACCUCUUCUAGUACAUGUGUACUAAGGGGAUUGACAGUUGGUUGGAGUAACAAAGUGCCUGUCUGUGAACGGAUUACUUGUGGUUUUCCUCCUCCUAUCAUCAAUGGAAGGUUUCCACUCCUUUCUGGGAAUAAAUUUCCCUAUGGGACUGUAAUAAAAUAUACCUGUUUCAAGGCAUUCCGUGCUAUUGGAACCCAAAUUGCACAUUGCACAACUAAAGAUCAAGUGAAUGGAGUCUGGAGUAUACCUGCCCCUCAGUGUGAGAUUUACAAUAAAACUACUAUUUGUCUUGCCCCACAAGUCCAAGAGAGACAUCUAAAGUUGAAGUUCCAACCUCUAUAUAAACAUGGUGACACUCUGAUACUUGCCUGUGAUACCAACUUUACCAUGAAAGGUCACAGCACUCUGUGGUGCCAAGCAAAUGGUACAUGGGGGCCAUCACCAAUGCCAACAUGUGAGAGAGAUUGUUCAUCACCUCCUAUGAUCCUUAAUGGGAGACAUAGAAAUGGCCACAGUGGCCCAGUUGUGCCUGGGUCGUCUGUGACUUACAGCUGUGAACCUGGCUACUUGCUUGUUGGAGAAAAGACCAUUCGCUGUUUGUCUUCAGGAGUCUGGAAUACUGCUGCUCCCACAUGUAAAGGGGCAGUGUGUGAACCUUUAAUAAAAUUCCCCAAUGGGCAGGUAAAGGAGCCUUCACAUCUUCAGAUUGGGGCAACCAUGACCUUUUCCUGUAAUAAGGGGUACCAUUUACAAGGCCAAGCUUCUAGUCACUGUGUGCUUGCUACAGAGGGUGCUAUUUGGACUAAGAUUCCAAUUUGUAUAGAAGUGAUUUGCCCAACACCACCUAAAAUUGAAAAUGGGAAAUAUAUGGGUAGCCCUGCAGAUGAAGUGCCAUAUGGAACCCAAAUAAUUUAUAGCUGCAAUGCUGACCCAGAGAAAGGAGUGAAAUUCAGCCUCAUUGGAGAGAGCACCAUCCACUGUAUGAGUGAUCCAGAGGGCAAUGGGAUUUGGAGUGCGGAUCCCCCUCGGUGUGAGCUUUCUGCUUCCUCUGUUCAGUGCCUUCAUCCCACAGUCUCCAAUGGCUACAAGAUAUCUGGACAGGGACCCCCAUAUUUCUAUAAUGACACUGUGGCAUUUCGCUGUUACACUGGCUUCACUCUGAAGGGCAGCAGUCAGAUCCGCUGUAGUUCCAAUGGCACUUGGGAUCCUGAGGCACCAAUCUGUGAAAGGGAGUGCCUACCACCUCCUCAGAUACCCCAUGGUCAGCACACAGGUGGGGAGAGAAGCCACUUUGCUCCUGGGAUGUCUGUAGAUUAUACUUGUGACCCUGGAUACUUGCUCAUGGGAAAUAAAUCAAUUUGCUGUAUGUCUUCAGGAGCUUGGAGUCUUUCUGCCCCACAUUGUGAAGAAGCGGCAUGUGAACCCAUAGGAGAACAAUUGCAAUUGCCCUUAGAUGACAAUCCUGUGGUUCUGGUUAAUUCCUCUUGCCAAGAGGGGUACCAAUUAACUGGCCAUGUUUAUAAGCUCUGUUGGCAUCCUGAAGUGGGGACUAGGUUUUGGUUCCAAAAGAUUCCACUUUGUAAAGAAGUGAAUUGUAGCCUCCCAGAGUUCAUAAUUGGUGCCCAGAAUAUGUCGACUAAAAAAAUAUAUCAUUUUGGAGCUAUCUUUACUCUGAAGUGCGAUGAAGGGUAUAUGCUAGAAGGCAGUCCUCAGAGUCAAUGUCAGGAAGAUCAUAGAUGGGACCCUCCUUUAGCAGUCUGUAAAUCAGUGAAUUUUUCUUCCCUUCAAAGCUCCCAAGGACCUGUUGUUCUCAGUGGCAUCCUUUUGGGUUCAAUUCUACUCAUCAUAUUUGUUGGUGCCACACUGGCAAUAAUAUCAAAACACAAAGAAGGCAAUUAUUAUACUAAUGAAAAUCAUAAAGGUGUAGCUAUCCCUGUAGAGACACAAGAAACUUCCAUUAAUGAUGCUUACAGCCUUGCAACUUAGCCAGAAGACUAACAGUUAUCUUUGAAAUGCUAUGAGAUUGGAAAGCAAUCUUGGAAUGAAGCUUUAACCUCGAUUUGAAAGAAACCUCUCUGCUUCUGGAAGGUACACACACAGGACAUCAAAGUCUCAGAACUGAUUUUACAGAGAUGCAACUUUUAUCAGAACUCGAACUCAGGUAGAACAAAGCAAAGCAGCUUUGUAAUGGUGGAAACUGAAUUCUGUUGCUGUUUUCUUCCCAGUGACUAUCCUCCAUGACUGGCAUCUUGCCAGAAUGCAGCUACAAGCACUUGCAGACUUCUGAAUCCUACACAUUUUUUCAUAUCAACCCUAGUAGAAGUUUUCUUUGUUUUUUUAAAGUUGGGCCAUGUAAAUUCUCACUACCUUCAUUCAACCUAGCCAUCCUCUUUUCUUUUAUUAUCAGCAUACUGACUGUUAUUUGCACACUGGACUGGAACAUGGUUUUAGUAAUUUAAAGAAAGAUGGUGAAACAUUUUCUCUACGUUUACUUGGGCUUUGCUCAAUUAGGAGACAGCCUUAAAAAUAUUUAGUUCCUUUUUCAUUUAUAAAAGGUAGCAUUUUGCUUUUUUCCCUCAGGUUAAAGUUAGUUCAAUAUCUGCCUUGAAUUUCCCUAUGACACAGUAAUUCAUGAAAGUGAUUUCAUGAAUUAAUUUAAUAACAUGAUUAAGAGAAUUGUAUUGACUGCCAGUGGGAGAAAU